CAGUUAAAUAGAUUAGAAUGAAAAUCGUGGUGAAUAGCAAUGUGAAAAUUUCUAAAAAUUUUAACGCUUGCUAGACAUUUGUACUAUACUCGAUUACGCUUUGAUAAAACUGCUCAAAUUUUUACAGCCUUAAAAUUAUCUGCCAAAUUAUCAAGUUCUAUUUAACAAUUAACAUUUUGGAAAAACAUAACUAAAUUAAAAGUUUCUUAGUCAGAAAAAAAAAACAAGAGAAGAAAGCAAUCGGUACAAGGCAUCAAUAUAUUUAACACAGAAGGGGUGUGGGGUUGAAUGGCUCAUGUAAUUUUCCAAUUUCUCAAAAACAAAGGAAUUAUAAAAAAGUGUUAUUGGGACAUUGAACAAGUCAGCGAAGAUAGACGAGCGGAAAGCGGUGGAAAGAACACAAGUCGAACGACCAUCGACAAAGAAAAAAAGAGGGUUGGUGUUUAAGAAGCAAUUAUAGCUUCGUCAGUCCUACGGAAACGAUGUCAACAACUUCUCCAAAUUCUGGAAAUAGUAGUAGUAGCAACAACAACUCUACAAAAGCGACAAAACAAAGUCAACUAGACGUCGGCGACUCGUACAGUGACAGCAGUAGUAUUGAAGAAAAUCUUGAGGCUGAGGAACGACGUCGUAGAAUUUUGAAAAAUAGAAAUAGGAGCAGUGGGUAUUUACAACGUAACAUUGGUAGUAAAUCACAGCCCCUUCAUCAGCUGACGCAACAGAGGAUCAAUAUGAGUGCAGCAAGUGGUGCUAUUCCGAAACAUGACAAAACGGGCUCUGGUUUAUCGAAUAACACUGGAUGUGGUGCUAUAAUGCGUCCUGGAGAUCGUAUUGCAUUGUUAGUGGACAAUGUGCGUUUCGUCAUUGAACAGGCAUUAGUAACUGCACAUCCAAACACCAUGUUAGGAACAAUGUUCAGUUCAGGCUUUCAAUUUGUCCAUCCCAAUGAACGUGGAGAAUACGAAGUAGCUGAAGGCAUUUCACACACAGUUUUCCGUGCUAUUUUGGAGUACUAUAAAAGUGGAAUAAUUCGCUGCCCUCCAACUGUAUCUGUACCAGAACUGAAAGAGGCGUGUGAUUAUUUACUUAUACCAUUUGAUGCGACCACAGUUCGUUGCCAGAAUUUACGAGGUUUACUACAUGAACUCAGCAACGAAGGUGCACGUCAGCAAUUCGAAGUUUUCCUUGAGGAUCUAAUACUGCCCUUAAUGGUUGCGUCUGCUCAGCGUGGUGAUCGAGAAUGUCAUGUUGUAGUCUUGUUGGACGACGACGUUGUGGACUGGGAUGAAGAAUUUCCUCCACAAAUGGGUGAAGAAUACUGCCAAACUGUACACAGCACCGCUAUGCAUCGAUUUUUUAAAUACAUUGAGAAUCGGGACGUAGCCAAGCAAGUGAUGAAAGAUCGUGGUUUAAAAAAAAUACGUUGUGGAAUCGAAGGAUAUCCUACGCACAAAGAAAAAAUUCGUCGAAGGCCAGGUGGCAGAGCUGAAGUCAUUUACAGUUACGUACAACGUCCUUUCAUACACAUGUCCUGGGAGAAGGAGGAAGCGAAAAGUCGACACGUUGAUUUUCAAUGUGUUAAAUCCAAAUCAGUAACAAAUUUGGCCGAAGCUAAUGCAGAUCCACCUUUGGAGCUCGACGCAAGUGGAAAUCCAAUAAGACCACCAGAGGUGAAUAUUAAUGCUGAGGUACGUGUACCGUUUGUUCCUGAGGUGGCCGGCGGUGGAGGCAUCGGUGCCCCCGUUGCAGUAGCUGUUGACGAAGCGGCAGGUGGUGUAAUAAUGCUUAACGAACUUGAACAGGCCUCUGGUGGAGCUGUCGAAGAGUCAAUCUGAAUGCACAUGUCCUAACACACAAAACUUAGCAUUUGUGAGAACACAUUUAUAAUAUGUAGACGUAUGUAUUUACUCUCUGAUCCUUCAUAUGUAUAACCAAAUGCAACUAUGAUAUUAAUAUACGUUUUCUAUUUACUAAAAAAUAUUAAUUUUUUAUUUGCACCAAAUUAGCAGCGGUCACCAUUUCAUAUUGAUUUAAAACAAGAAUAAUACAUCACAAUCCAAAUCUUAGAAGUCGAGUUUCGAGGAUUCCGUUAAUGUUGAAGUAUCCCAAUUCAUACAACGUUCCACAGCCAUUUUCCACUUUUUGUAACGCAUAUUCCUUUCAUUAUUGUCUAUAGUUGGUUUGAAAAUGCUCACUUGGCCUGAGCUGCCAACAAGCGGUGCCGCAAUGUCGUAGCUAGGUUCCACAACCAUAUAAGCAGCCAAUGCCGCGCCCUAAAAAUGGAAUAAACACUUGAAGAUCGGGAUAAAAUACAUAUUUUUUUAAUAUUCAUACCAAAGCCGUUGUUUCUUGCAUCUUAGCGCGCACCACAUUAAUGCCUACCAGAUCGGCUUGCAAUUGCAAAAAUAGAUUAUUUGCGGUCAUACCACCAUCAACCAUUAAUUUCGCCAUUGGUAUGCCACAGUCUUUACGCAUUGAUUCUAAAAUGUCUCGCACUUGGAAGCAGAUAGCCUCAAGAGUAGCACGUACAAUGUGCUCGCUCGUUGUUUCUUCACUCAGACCACAAAUAGCACUGAAAAUAAGGAGUAUUUACUACAUAUUCAUAUUUAUAUCAAAGUAUGUAUGUAAAGGACUUACCCGCGUGCCUCUUGAUUCCAAUAGGGCGCAUAAAGUCCACUGAAUGCCGGUACAAAGUAAACAUCCAAUGAAUUAUCGACUUUGCCAGCCAUCUCUUCAACUUGACUCACAGAAUCGAAUAACUCCAAAUUAUUUUUCAUCCAAUUUAUGGCUGCGCCAGCAAUCGCAACACUACCUUCUAAUGCAUACAUUACUGGUGCGCGUGGUCCUAAUUGAUAACCAACUGUUGUUAGCAAACCAUGCUUCGAUUGAACCAUAGAUGUUCCUGUAUUAUAGAGAAGAAAGCAACCAGUUCCGUAUGUAGACUUGGCGAGUCCAUGGCUCAAACAUUGUUGACCUACAAGUGCCGCCUGUUGAUCUCCCAGACAUGACGUAAUGGGGACACCUUUUAAAAUGCCAACCGUCACGUCACCAUAAUGCUCUGCGCUUGAGCGUAUUUGUGGUAACAUGGAGAGUGGCAAGCCAAAGAAACGCAAUAGAUGUGGAUCC